GUUAGUAGAAACCCCUAAGAUGUCUAUCAGCUGGGACAGCAGUGCUAUCAGUUUCUUGAUGUCCAGCUCCAACCUCACGUUAACGGAGAUCAUGGAUUUGGGAUUUGUGGCCACCGCUCAGGGUAGCUCUUCUCCCUGUUCCUCACAGAUUGAACAGCUUGAUCAUAGAACCCGUCCAAAGUCUGGGGGGUCGCCAUUCCUGCUUAAGGUUUCUGAGUCAACUCCGCUUGUAAGUGGAGGGAAGCAGCGACUGACCGUUGAGGAAAUCCUGCCGUGCCUAAGCAGGUCUCCUCUACCACCACCCGAUGGUCAGGUGUUUGAACUGUCCACUUUAGCCCCAGAACCACUAAGUAACUCUAUAGUUGGGGUAUUCUAUGGCGCCAAAGUGUCAACUCCCUAUAAGGAAGAGACCACUGAUGCAAUAUGUGUGGACAUCCAAGUACCUAAACUACAAGAUUCAGAGAUGGUGGUCCAGGCUGUAGGUGUACAGAAGCCUUCUGCCCCACCAAUAUGGGAGCUCUCCGAGAUUAACUCUGCAUUAGAAGAGAACACGCCAACUCUGGAUGUUUCUGUCUCUGAUUUGAGGUACGUUGGUGGUUCUGAUCGAGACCAACCUCCAAAUCCACAGGUUCCAGCUUCUCAAUGUAACCAGUGGGUUGGGAUCACGCAUAAGGAUGUGGGGCGCUCCUAUUUACAGCCAUUCCGCUACCAACGCCAACUUAGUGCCUCUGAAAUCCAAGUUACCUCAAACACGCCCUUGCUCCAUAACUUCCAUUUGUCUGCUGAUGAGGUGGGAGCAGAGUGGCAGCUGGAGAUGACCACCUAAUCCUUGUGGUGAAAGCAGCAGUUACUUGACCUCAAUGCCUGGUUUUGUAUACCUUCUGAAACAGACUAUUUCUCUCAAUACGCUAUAAAAUUACACUGCUUCCUGCAGCAAUCGUUUGUCUUUUCUAUAAGAUUUUGUAUGUAAUUUAAAUAAAGCAUAAUCUAUUGGCA